AAUGGCAUUGACUCCCUCCCCCAACUCCGCGACUGCAUCGUCGGUUGUUGCCACUGCCCCCGGCUGGUAGCCCACCGGGAACAUAUAGCUCACGUCAAGGUUGCCAGGCACCGUGAGGAAGAUUAUUGGGGUAAGCCCGUGCCGCCCUUUGGUGACCCCGAUGCGAAAAUCCUGAUAUUGGGGCUUGCGCCGGCAGCCCACGGCGGGAAUCGCACAGGUCGAUCUUUUACAGGAGACCCCAGCGGCGAUUGGUUGUUUGGGGCACUUCAUCGAGCAGGGUUUGCAAGUCAGCCGACGUCCACAUCGUCCAAUGACGGCCUUAGUUUAAACGAUGUGUACAUCACUAAUGCCGUGCGAUGUGCCCCGCCGGACAACAAGCCCAAUCCGGACGAGAAGUUGGCCUGCCGUCCAUUCCUGGUCAAGGAAUUGGAAUUGAUGCAGGAGGUAAGGGUCGUAAUACCUCUGGGCAAGUUCGCUUUCGACGCUUACCUGCAAACCCGAUCAGCGGCGGGCCUGACCAACCCGAAGCCACGGCCAACCUUUGGACACGGAAACACCUGUCUGUUGGACGGAGGGGUAACCUUGCUGAGUUCCUAUCAUCCAAGUAGGCAAAACACUCAGACCGGGAAACUCACCCUGCAGAUGCUUGAUGACAUAUUCCUGGCGGCCAAAGAGCUAAUCGCCGACGGAAACCCAGACAAGCGAUGA